AUGACGACUAUGACCCACGAACAAGCAGCGCAGUCCAUCUCGUGGGGUCUUGCCAUCAAGUUAAACGGGAUGGGACUUGAAAAUGAAAUGUUCACGACCAGAGCCGCGGAAUACAAAGGAAAAGACAGGGUACAGGGGGGAGAGCUGCCUGGCUGGGACGACGACUACAAGAGAUCGGCUUGGUUCGGACAAGCAUACCAUAGGUUGACCCAAGGGUCAUCCCUCCCUGGUGACGACGGAUACUCCUGGUUUGCAGGAUUCCUAUGGAAAGAACACAGACUCUAUGGAAAGCUGAUGUGCAUACCUGAGACCAAAGUUGCUAGUAUACUACGGGAUGCUCACGACCUUGCCGGUCAUUGGAAGAAGCGAGCUACUCUCGCCAGGAUUUCGCGUUGGGUUUACUGGCCCAACCAGGCGACUGACGUGGAGGAUUACAUUAGAGGAAGAUUGGAAAAAAUGGCCUUCAGUGGUCGUAGAGGCAGGAUAUUCAGAAUCCUGAGCCAAGCUUGA